AUGCCUCUCGCUUUAACUUCAAGAAAAUCAUUAAAAGAUAAUGAAGAAUCUUUAAAAACAAAUCUAGCCUUAAUUGAAAAAUCAUUAGGGGAACCAUUUGCCAUCGAAUUUGAUUUCGAAGAUAUUAUUGCAAAAUGUAAUGAUUCUUGGGUUACAAAUAGUUGUGGUAGUAUAUUUUAUAAAGAUGUUGUUGGUAAUCUUGCUAAAAACAUGGUUAAAGUAGGUGCAGAUCCUUUAAUCAAAGAAGCAUUCUUAGCUGCAGUUCCAAAUAAAAAAUUUGUUUUUGUUUGUGCUGAUGAAAAGUUAUCAUCAUAUUGGAAAUAUCAAUUUGAAAAUGGUGAUUGUCAAAUUUUAUUCCGUCCAAAGAUAUGUAACACAAAUGAUGUUAACACAUUUAAAUUAGAAACAAUUAUUCAAACUCAAGGUGUUUAUUCAUUAAUGACUCGUUUAAAUAUUAAAACAAACGAACAAAAAAUGAAAGAUAAUUUAUCAUCAGUUAAAAAAGCAUUAAAAUCAUCAUCAGAUUGGUCAAUCGAUGAAUCAUCAUUAGAAUCUGUUUAUCCAAAAGUUGCUGACGAUUUAAAGAAUAGUUUCGGUCAUAUCUUCGCUGGUAUCGUUGAAAAAGUAGCAGCAAAUCUUUCAAAACGUUGUGCAGAUGAAAUGAUUUUAGAAGCAGUUCAAGAAGUAACUUCAAAUCAUACUAUCGUUAUUAAACACGAUGCUAAUUUAAGUGGCUAUUGGUCAUGGUCAUUCGAAUCUGGUAACAUUGUUAUCACUUUCAAAUCUAUCACCAAUACUAAUGAUGUUCAAACUUUUGAUUUCAUUAAAUUAUUAUAA